AUGGCUUUCGCAUUUCCUCCGACUGCCUAUGAGAUCAAAUCUCCGCGUCUCGUCAUCCGAACACCUACAGUGGCAGACGCGGGUGCUUUUAUCGAACUGCUAGGCAAUGUGAAAAACCUUCCGUUGGGGGAAACUGGUGCUAUGAAGGAUCUCACGAUUGAUAGUAUCAGCGUCCGCAUCGAAAAGUGGAGGAAAUUAGCUUCGGAAGGUAGAGGUCCUUUCCUAGCUGUGGCUUUGCGCCACACAGACGAAGUUAUUGGAUACAUGGCUUUCAACUGUUUCAGGACGAAGGACGAAUACGAAGGUACAGAGCCUGAGCGGGAACAUCCCUUGCCGGGCCCUGAAGGGCGUUAUCUGACCGACCUAGGUAUCGUCAUGGAUCACAGGCACCGUCGAAAGGGUUAUUCGUCAGAGGUUAUCUGCAUGGCCUCUGAGUUUGCUUUCAAUAGCUUGGGAUGUCAGGUAGUCAGGAUGGAGACUGGUAUCGCGAAUGAGCCAUGGAGAUCGCUCAUGCGCUCAAUGGGGUUCGGGGCUAUUGAAGAAAAGGGAGCUGUGAGUUAUGCAGAAAGGCCUAUUGGUUGGUUAUACAAGGUGGAUAAAAUUACUUGGCAGCAAACCGAGCGUAACUUGAAAGCGAAUGAAAAGUGGCCGUUGUGA